AGUGAGAAAACGAGCUCGCAGCCAAGUGAAAUCGAGCGAAAAACGUGAACAUGUUGAAAGAUUUGGUGAGGGAGCGCCUAAUUGCGGUCGCCGACGAAAUAUUUGAACUUUUCGAGCGAACGAUCGCGUCGUACGAGGAGCAACUUUGUCGCGCGCGAGAGGAGAACGAGCGACACCGACGACGACUGGAAGCUUUUUCCAUCCACACUCCAAAAGAAGCCCCGCCCACCCGCGUCAAACGAGAGGAGGACGAGGACGCCGGCGAGUCGCCGCCGACCGUCGUCAUCGUGAAGAGGGACGAAGACGCGGCGCCCCGGUCGUCCCGGCUCCGUCGUCCCCGCCGGGGCCCCGCCCCGCCGCCGGACGCCCUCUUAGCGCCGCUGUCCGACAGCGACGACGGCGACCGAGGCGCCCACGUCGGAGCCUCUGAGCGCCCGCGGACGGGAACGCGCGGCGCCCCGAGCCGGCCCGGCUCGUUCACGUGCGGCGUGUGCGCCAAGAGCUUCACGUACAAGUGCAACCUGAACACGCACAUGCGCACGCACAACGCAGAGAAACCCUUCGUCUGCUCCGUGUGCGGCAAGCGCUUCUCGCAGAAGGUGCACAUGCUGUCGCACAUGCGCACGCACACGGGAGAGAAGCCGUUCACGUGCUCGCUGUGCGGCGUCAGCUACCCGUACAAGCUGAGCUUGACCGUGCACAUGCGCACGCACACGGGGGAGAAACCCUUCUUCUGCUCCGUGUGCGGCAAGCGCUUCUCGCUCAAGUCCACCAUGGUGUCGCACACCAGGAUACACACGGGGGAGAAACCCUUUCGCUGCGCCGUGUGCGGGAACAGCUUCUCCCGGAAGUCGUCGAUGGUUUCGCACAUGAGGACGCACACGGGAGAGAAACCUUUCGCCUGCUCCGACGAGGCUUUGAGGCAAUGAAGCGCCUCGGCGCCGUCACGUCACGUCACGUCACGUCACGCACGCAGACUUCCGGCUGGCAAAAGACACCGAUUUGUGCCAGUGAAACUCGACCGAGCAUGUCAGACGAUGUCAAAACUGGCCUCAUGCUGUCAACGAGCGAAGUUUUAGCUUUAAGAAAAUGUUACAGUUCUUGUGCGAAGAAAAACAAAAUGCUUUUUUGUUUUGUUUUGUUUUGUUUUUGAGGUAAAGACUGUGGUGAGCCCAAGUGUAACAAAAGUAGUAUUUGCACCUCACAUGCAUAUUUUUCCGUGCUGUUGUUGUUUAUAGAAUCACAAAAUCUUUGCAAAUUUCCCCAUUAGUGGGAUGAAUAAAAGUCAGCUUACCUUCAAUACAUUUUCAUGGCAUUUCUUGAAUAAUCGCCUCUCAAAAUGUUCCAAAGCUCCAUCUACUCCCUCGUGUAAGAACAGUCCAUUUUCUGAUCAUUUGUACGAUUCUUUUUGUUACUGGAAAACUUCUGUGAUUGGCUAUCAUAUGAGAGGAGGCGGGUCUUGAGGUGAUCACGCAAAUGGACAACGUUUACGGAACUCUUGCGCAACGGCGGAUUGGAAUAUCAGCGGAGACAAAUCCAGUUCGUGAUGAUUUGCUGAAAACAAUCAAGUCGAUCAGUUUGAACAUUCUAUCCAAUCUUGUCUU